UGUGCAGGUCUCAUAUAAUGCACAAAUAAAACAGCAUGGUCUGAACAGGACAUAAGUUUAUUUCUAAAUACCAGCAGCAGCAUAUUGUAAUAGCUGUUGUAAACAAUGGAUCGCUAUGUAGUGCUGUUUCAGAACAAUGGACGGUGCUGUUUGUUAAAUGUGCGCUCACAUGGGGACAUGAGACAAAUUCUGGAAAAUAAUUAACCACACAAUCCACAUGAGUGACACACACACACACAGUAAUUGACUUGAAAUCCAUUGGGAAACCAGGACACUGCCAUGGCCGCCUGCAGGCUGCUCUGCCUUUAACACUAACAGGUCAGACUUAAGAGGAGCUGUUUAUAUGUUCACCUAACUCGUGAGACCCGAACUGUUGAGUCGAAAUGGACGUUUGAUUUGAUAACUGUGCAGCUCACAACUGGGAAAUUAUUAUAUAGACAUCCAGCAGCAGGUCAAUUAGUGCAAAUGUAGAGGGUCAGUAGAGCUGUGUGGCGCUGAGGGACGAGCUAUAUCAGGCAACAAUACCUGUUGGGAGGGGAGGAUGCCCAGGUUAUUGUUGGCGUUGUGUUCAUGGGCUUUGUUGACAAUGAAAAAUACACAUGAGUAUAGGCGCAGGGAACAAAAUGAAAAUAGUGGGCACGGUGAAAAGAAAGGAAGGAAAUUCAUCAGCCGGAGAGUGAGGAAGGCGGUGAAUAAGUGAGAGAGCGUGAGGAGAAGUGGGACGGGCGAGCGGCCACCAGACGCAAAACAAAGGACUGAGGCAUCCAGACGGUCCAGACUCCUCCAGACUAAACUUUUCCUGAGGUAGAACUGCCUCAGACAUUUCUCAGACGUUUCUCCCUCAACGUGAAGCUCCACCAGAACUCAGUGUCGUCUAGAAGCUCUGUAAAAACAUCUGGAUUCAGCACCAAACAGGGACACUCUGGAUACUCUGGAUACUCUGGACGACUCUCUGAUGGCACUGGGUGUUUUUGGGGUUUUGCCAGAGCUGGACUGUGGAAACGUUGCGGGCUUGAUCCAGAUACUUAACUGCUAUCGACCUGGUGUUCAAUCUGACACUACCAGCAGGGGCUGUCCAAGCACUGGCACCAGAUUCGUCCAGGUUGCACUUCCACAACAAGACCUUCCAUAGAGUCCCAGCGGGUAUUUUGUUCUUCUACCUUUAUAUAUUUUUUUUUUAUUCUAAAAGCACAACUAAAACAGGAAGCUUAAUAGUAUUUUUGAACACCUAAACAGCACAAAACAAUCUUUACAAGACUAGUUCUGGACAUACAACCUGCACCAGACUCUCUAGACUCUUUUUGUGCUCUUUGUUAUUUUAUCAGUACCGCACUAUUGCUCUGGAUCUUCUGCCUUUUUCAAACUCUCCCUGGACUUUACAGACUAUUUCCUGACUUUCCUCUGGACCUUUUGGAUUCAAACUCUUUCUGGAGUCCAUGUUGAAAAGUGUUUAUGCACUCUCUCUCUCGGUACCGGGUAAGGUCCAGACCUUGUUCUGGGCUUUGGGUUGAGCAGCAUGGUGUUGGGGCAGAGGCCCCUCAGCCUGCUGGUACGGCAGUUUAACUUCGGAUGCUCUGUGGAGCUCGGCAGACAGAAAAACAACAUGGGGAAAGAGGUGGAGGAGCCCAGCACCAAACGCAGUAAGGCCGUAUCCAGGGUGACGUCUCUGGUCAGCCUGUUGCCGCCCGUCAAGACCACACCGCUGAAGAGGAUUGGUCAGACCCUGCAGCGCUCCAUCAGUUUUCGGAACGAAAGUCGAGCAGUCGUUCCUCCUCCUUCCUCCUCCACAAUGAAGACGCGUGUCAUCUCAGCGACCGUCUCCAACGCGUCGUCCUCGGCGACUGCCCCGCGGGUUUCCACAGCAGCGGCUCCGGCCUCCAAGCGCCGUGACAGCAAGCUGUGGAGCGAGACGUUCGACGUCCGACUGGGAGCGACGCAACCUCUUAGCCCCAAGGAGAUAAAACGACAAGAGGCUAUAUUCGAGCUGGCUCAGGGUGAGCAGGACUUGGUGGAGGACCUCAAGCUGGCCAAGAAGGCCUAUUAUGACCCGAUGCUGAAGCUGUCCAUCAUGACCGAGCAGGAGCUGAACCAGAUCUUCGGGACUCUGGACUCACUGAUACCGCUGCAUGAAGACCUGCUAAGUCGCCUCCGAGAUGCCAGAAAACCCGACGGGUCCACAGAACACGUCGGACACAUCUUGACUGACUGGCUGCCCUGUCUCUGCUCCUACACUCCGUACUGCAGUAACCAGGUCAAAGCCAAGGCCUUGCUGGACCAGAAGAAGCAGGAUCGGCGGGUCCAGGACUUCUUGCAGCGCUGCCUCCAGUCGCCCUUCAGCAGGAAGCUGGACCUGUGGAACUUCCUGGACAUCCCUCGCAGCCGGCUGGUGAAAUACCCACUGCUGCUCAGGGAGAUCUUGAAGCACACGGCCAACGACCACCCAGACCGGCAGCACCUGGACGAGGCGAUGCUAAUGGUUCAGAGCGUGGUGGCAGACAUCAACCGGCGGACGGGAGAGUCCGAGUGUCAGUACUACAAGGACCGCCUGUUAUAUGCGGAGGACGGCCAGAGGGACGGACUCAUCGACCGGUCCAAGACCCUCAGCUGUCACGGAGAGCUGAAGAACAACAGAGGACUCAAACUCCACGUGUUCCUGUUCCAGGACGUCCUGGUCAUCACCAGAUCUCUGUCCCUGAACGACCAGCCAGUCUGCUACCAGCUGUGCCGCCAGCCGAUCCCCAUCCGCCAGCUGGACCUGGAGGACUUAUUGGAUGGAGAGAUGAGAGUGGGCGGGUCCAUCAGGGGGGCGUUCAGCAACAACGAGCGAACAAAGAACUUCUUCCGGGUUUCGCACCGUAGCGGAGGAGGACAGCUGCAGAGCCACUGCUUCCAGGCCAGCGACGCCUUCAACAAACAGCAGUGGAUCAACUGCAUCCGACAAGCCAAGGAAGCUGCAGCGCUGACUGGAGAGUGUCCAGAGACGGGGCUGGGUGGACAUGUAGCGUCGCUUGUUGAGACGAGUCUGAGUCUGUGCAACGAUUCAGGGCUUGGACACGAAAAGGGGACUUGGGGGGAGGUGGAGACGGGUCUGGGUCAGGGAGGAGAGGGAGGUCUGAAUGUAGGGAAAGAUCUCAGUUUGGGUGAAGAGGGUGGGAUUGGUUUGACUCCAGAGAUAAUGACAGGAAGAGAGGUGGAGGAGGGUUUGGAUGGAGAAUCAGGGAUGGAGAAGGAGAUGGAAGCGGGCCAGGGUGGUGGAGGGCAGAUUGGGGACAGACCAGGAGCUUCUACAGGCUGGAAGAUGGAUGAAGAAGGAGAGACUCUCAACAGAAGUGAUGCUGAAGCUCCCACUUCAUUGCUCUCAUGUCCCAGUCAGGAGGAGGAAGAGAAGGUGAUGGUGGAGGAGGAGGAGGAGGAGCAGAGUGGUACUAAGGAGGAGGAGGUCGGCAUGGACACCAGCGAUGCUAACUCUCUACACGAAGAGGAGCUGACCCAUCGGUGCUGAUGCUAGCUUCAAAUAACGGGACUUUAACUACAGCCGAUCAGACUGAGGAAUCAAGAUUUAAAGAACACGUCAGACUUUUUAAAGACCCAGUCCUGCAGUCCUCCCAAUUAAAGACCAGAGACAGUUCAUCAACCACUUUUUCCCUAAACAUAUUCCUGAUUAAUGUUAUUUAUUUCUCCACACGCAAGGCACAGCAGCAAAAUACACACAAAAACGCAAGACUGAAAGGAAUAAUAAAGUUCAGUUUAAUAAAGAUUUUCAAUCUCGGUAGCAAAAGACUCUACAGAAAGAGAAGGGAUAAUCCAAAUAAUCUAAAAACUAAAAAGAAGCGAGAUCAACUGCAGAGGAUCAACAGAGGGAAUGGAGACAAAAACAGGAAGUACAGCUACCUGGAAGACAAAGGCUGGUGAACCAUUUCAAAAUAAAGCUGGAAACAAGGAAAACCAAACAUGACAUCAAAGAAACUCAACACCCCGAAGGAACAGAAAAGGUUGAACAGUCAACGCCACGACCAAGUCUGUAUCUUGUUCAAAAGAUGUUAUUAGAGUAGCGUUUAUUAUCUGAUGCCACAGCUAGUUAAUUCCUGUAAUGCUGUCAUGUGUGUAAAUUUAAACCAAAAUGUUUCAUCCAGCACUUCCGUCAGCGUCCACUCCUUUGCGUUAGAUCAUCUUCAUGGAUACUGGACUCAAACAUGGCACCGCUCACUGGAAAGAGAACGGUAGCAUCACUGAUGCAGUUGCAGAUGCAGAAAACAGGAACAGAUCACUACAGACUGUAUUUUUCUACCGGAAAGGGAGCUUUAAGCAAAUAAAUCUAAAUAGAUUUGAAAAUUUAAAUAAACUUCAGACUAUAGUGACAUACACUCACUUGACAGUUCAUUAGGAACGUGAGUGAAUUCCUCCUUCGUGUCUAUUUUAAUGUCAGAAAGGUGGUGAUUCAACUGGACUGAAUUAACCACAAAAGUGUUUCUUCUAUUUUGCCUAGUCCUCUCACUACAGUGUCAAAAUAAUAUGAACAUGAGCCGAUGCAACACAGUUCAGCAGUACCACAAACCACAGCCCACACAAUGAAAACAGCAGUUCUUUUAAACUAAAGUACUGUAGUACUACAGUGCCAGAUUUAGAGCAGGACCUUUGCAUUGGAAGGUUUCACUCGUGUACCCAAUGAACUGACAAGUGACAUACAGCAGCCCUGCUCUAAAUCUUCAUGAAGACAGUUGGUGUUUUGUUUACAGUGUAGACAAAACACGUUAUGACCUCACAAUAUGGAGCACUGAGUCACGCUGGAGAUGUAGGGCUGUCUAGCCACUGGUCAGCCUCUAAAACUGAUUUCACAAAAUCAACAGUCUCCGUUAAUUCUGGGAUUUCCCAUCCAGCCGUGCGUGUGGAAGUGACAUACAUUAAUAAGCCGUAACAUUAUGACCACUGAUUACCCUGUUAGUGGUUAGGCUGUAUCAUGUAGCAAGUUGAACAUUUUGUCCUCAAAGUUGAUGCUAGAAGCAGGACAAAUGUUCAUGUUGAAGACUUUGAUAAGGGACCAAACUAUUCCUAUCGAGGCCUCCACCUCUCAACCUGCAGGUCUUAAAGGAUCUGCUGCUAGCGUCCGGGAGCCAGAUACCACAGCACACGUUCAGAGGUCUAGAGGAGUCCAUGUAUCAGUGUCAGGCACGUGGUCAUAAUGUUGUGGCUGACUGGUGUAUCUAUUUACAUUUUUUUUUAACCCGCUUUCUGUUUUUACACAUUUAGCAAAAAUGAGUGUCAGUUUACUAAACUUUUCUCUCUGGUUCUAAUUCAAUUAUUGUUUUCGACAGUGAAGUGUUAACUCCUGCUCACUCAGUCUUUUUUUUAUCUACUCCAAACCUUUUUGAAUCAUUUUUUAAAACACAAAUAAAAAGAGCAGUCUCAGUCAGUCUUAUCAUGCAAUAUUCAAUAUCCGUACACUAUUACCACAUUGUUGUGUAGGUGUUACUACAAAGCAGCUACCAAGUCAAAAAUGCAGUGUUUUGUCAUGAAGAUCUAAAAAGUCUUGAAGGAGGAGCCUGUUGUGCAUGAACUGUACGUAUGUAAAAAUGUAUAGAGGGUAUGCAGAUGUGUAAAUGAAUGUAGGAACAAAGCCAAGAAUGUCUAAUUGUUGCUGUAUGUGCUUACACACUUGAAAUAUGUUUCCUGUGUCAAGACAAUCAAAUCUAAUGUAAACUCGGUUAAAGACAACAGAUAGCACGUCUCAUAAAAACUCAGAAAAAAUGUUCCUGGGCAAAACUAUUUUCUCCGUUGUGUAAAAAUGUAAAGUUUAUAUUUAGCUGAGAUAUCAAGUAAUGUGUGUGUGUAUGUGUGUGUGUGUCCGUAAACCAAAGCAUCAAUAAACUGUUUUCAAAGAUG